AGUACCACACCGGAAACACUUCUUUUGGUGUUCUCGACGCGUUCAUUCGACGAUCGUGUGUUCGAACUUCAAAACUGUUUAUCUUCUGACCGCAAUCGAAAUGGCUCGAAAUGCUGAAAAGGCCAUGACGGCCUUGGCCCGGUUCCGACAGGCCCAGCUGGAGGAAGGGAAGUGCAAAGAGAGGAGACCGUUCCUGGCGUCGGACUGUAGCGACCUUCCCAAAGCCGACAAAUGGCGGCGACAGAUCAUCAGUGAAAUCUCAAAGAAAGUGGCUCAGAUCCAGAACGCUGGCCUCGGAGAAUUCAAAAUUCGUGAUCUGAACGAUGAAAUCAACAAGCUGCUCAGAGAGAAACGCCACUGGGAAAUCAGAAUACGAGAACUGGGGGGGCGGGACUACCUGAGGUAUGGGCCGAGGAUGCUGGACCACGAAGGGAAGGAAGUUCCUGGGAAUCGGGGCUAUCGAUACUUCGGUGCUGCCAGAGAUCUCCCUGGAGUUCGUGAGCUGUUUGAGAAAGAACCGGCGCCAGACCUGAGAAAGACCAGAGCUGAGCUGAUGAAGGAGGUGGAUGCAGAGUACUACGGUUAUCGGGAUGAAGAUGACGGUGUGCUGCUGCCGCUGGAGAGCCAGCACGAGAAACAGGCUGUGCUACAGGAGGUCCAGAAGUGGCGGUCGGACCGAGGGUCUUUACCGGACAGACAGGAUGAAGAUGACAACAUCUACACCGUCCAGGUGGAAGUUGAAGAUGAAGAGAAAGGGGAGGAGUCAGAAGAGGAGGACGGGGUCUCGUUUUUCCAUGUCCCAGUUCCAUCACAGAAAGAGGUGGAGGAGGCUCUGGUCCGGAGGAAGAAGAUGGAGCUCCUACAACGUUAUGCCAGCGAGACUCUUCAGGCUCAAAGUCAAGAAGCUCGAACUCUGCUGGGACUGUAAUGUGUGCCGGUGCAAGACUGUGUUUGUCAUUUACAAUUUUGUAAUAAAAGUCUUAUUAUUAUUUGAGUGCA